AUCUGGCGCAACGAAAAGGCUGCCCCUGUCCUGCUUUCAGCCCAUCCGGAUCUACUCGGACUAGUUCAGUCCGAAACAGAUCGCCUUAAUGUUGAGGCUAAAACAUUCCCACCGGGGGAUUUGCGUGCGCAGAUUAAACGGAUGCAGGCUGAACGUGUUCGAUUUAUUCUGACUGAUUACAUGCGUAUUCGCAUCCAAAAAAUUGAACGCUUCGCUGAACAUAUUUUGGCCGAGGAGCGUGCUCGACCGGAUUCGGAAUCUCCUCAUCUCACCGCGGAGGAGUUCUUGUUUGCCAAAGCUUAUACAAACAGCAUCAAAGAGUACUUGAAAAAUGUCAUCGUCAAUCGUCUUCCUGCCAAUAUGCAAGCGGUGAAAGAUGAAGAUUUAGGUCAGUUGUCAUUGGCUUCUUACUUGGCUCCGCGUCGUAUUGACGUAGACGGAACUACUUACUUACGCCACAAUACGUCGUUUUUCAACAAAAUCUCCCUGUUUUCUUAUACCGAUGUGUUAAUUUCACUUCACCCUCCCACCCCCCGGUUCGCGCUGAUAGCUUUUCAUCCCAGUGAGGACAGUUAUGUGCUUUGUCGAGCUCAAGCGCGAGUUGACGCGGUUCAAGUAUCUGAUUAUACCGGUGCAGACAGUCAGUCAUCGAUCGUCUCCCUCAGUCUGGAACCUGGUGAACAGCACCUUUUGCCAUUCAGUUCCGUCCGAAGUUAUGUGGAAAGUGGCGAUGUAGUACUGCUCUGA